AACAGGAUGUCCGCAGACGACCGGCACCUGGGCUCCAGCUGCGGCUCCUUCAUCAAGACUGAGCCAUCCAGCCCGUCCUCGGGCAUUGAUGCCCUCAGCCACCACAGCCCCAGCGGCUCGUCCGACGCCAGCGGUGGCUUUGGCCUGGCCCUGGGCACCCACGCCAACGGUCUGGACUCGCCGCCCAUGUUCGCGGGCGCUGGGCUGGGAGGCACCCCGUGCCGCAAGAGCUACGAGGACUGUGCCGGCAGCAUCAUGGAGGACUCGGCCAUCAAGUGCGAGUACAUGCUCAACGCCAUCCCCAAGCGCCUGUGCCUCGUGUGCGGGGACAUUGCCUCUGGCUACCACUACGGCGUGGCCUCCUGCGAGGCCUGCAAGGCCUUCUUCAAGAGGACCAUCCAAGGGAACAUCGAGUACAGCUGCCCGGCCACCAACGAGUGCGAGAUCACCAAGCGGAGGCGCAAGUCCUGCCAGGCCUGUCGCUUCAUGAAAUGCCUCAAAGUGGGGAUGCUGAAGGAAGGUGUGCGCCUGGACCGGGUGCGUGGAGGCCGCCAGAAAUACAAGCGACGGCUGGACUCGGAGAGCAGCCCGUAUCUGAGCUUGCAGAUUUCUCCGCCUGCUAAAAAGCCAUUGACCAAGAUUGUCUCCUAUCUACUGGUGGCCGAGCCGGACAAGCUCUACGCCAUGCCUCCCCCUGGCAUGCCCGAAGGGGACAUCAAGGCCCUGACCACUCUUUGUGACCUGGCAGACCGGGAGCUCGUGGUCAUCAUUGGCUGGGCCAAGCACAUCCCAGGCUUCUCGAACCUCUCCCUGGGGGACCAGAUGAGCCUACUGCAGAGCGCCUGGAUGGAGAUCCUCAUCCUGGGCAUCGUGUACCGCUCGCUGCCCUAUGACGACAAGCUGGUGUAUGCGGAGGACUACAUCAUGGACGAGGAGCACUCCCGCCUCGCAGGGCUGCUGGAGCUCUACCGGGCCAUCCUGCAGCUGGUGCGCAGGUACAAGAAGCUCAAGGUGGAGAAGGAGGAGUUUGUGACACUCAAGGCCCUGGCCCUCGCCAACUCCGAUUCCAUGUACAUCGAGGACCUGGAGGCCGUCCAGAAGCUGCAGGACCUGCUGCACGAGGCGCUGCAGGACUACGAGCUGAGCCAGCGCCAUGAGGAGCCGCGGAGGACGGGCAAGCUGCUGCUGACGCUGCCCCUGCUGCGGCAGACGGCCGCCAAGGCCGUGCAGCACUUCUACAGCGUCAAACUGCAGGGCAAGGUGCCCAUGCACAAACUCUUCCUGGAGAUGCUGGAGGCCAAGGUCUGACGGGUCCGCACACGGACCGACGCCCGCCCACAGACAAACGGACAGACGGAGGAAGAGACCUCCACAGCCACCAGCCUCGACCUUCCACCCUGUCUUGUGGCUCUGAACUGUCCCAGAGGAAGGGGGUUCCAGCCCCCUGGCUGUGUGCAGACUCCCGGGUGCAGCGGGGUGGGGGACAGGGACGGGAGGGCAGGGGCGUGGGAUUCAUCUGUAACCAGCUUUUUCUUUGGUAUGUUUUCCCCUCUCCACGGGCAGUGCUGAGGCCUGGGCCAGGGCUGACUCCCCUUGGGAUUAGAGACCACUGGAGCGAGCGACCCCUCCCCAGCCAAACCACCCAGAGGCAGCAGGUACAUUUCCUAACUCCCCUGCUCCUCCCCCAUCCACACCCAGGGGGGCAUUCUCAGCACCCAGGACCCCGCAGACUCAGGCUGAGUGCCACCUGGAGCUCUCCUUUCGGAGAGGGCAGGUACUCAGGGGACAACAGCAUCUUUCUCCCAGAGGCCCUGCCUGCUCUGAGGUCCUCCCGCAGUCCGGAUGGCUCCCUUCCUCCCUCCUUCCUCUUGGCUUUGCACACACUCGGCUGGGAGCCGGGGCGCACCCACGGGAGGGCAGUAGCUAGAGCUCACGUUUCCGGGGCAUGCCCACCUGCCUGUGCUGCUAGGCCAGUGCCCACCUGUCCUGCCCCUCUCUCCUCCCCUGGAGCCCCCUGCUCCGUCCUGACCCUACCUCAGAGCUCACGCACUCAGUGGGUUCAGCCAGCCACAGCGACUCCAGGGCCUGCAGACAGGAACACGCGGGCACAGAGAAGGGCGGGGCCCAGAGCAUACUCCCCGGAACCCUCUCCUGCUUCCGGUCUUUCCCCUCCCUCGGAGGGCUGGUCCAGACCAGGUGGGCUGCAGGAAGUUCAGGCCCCAUGGAGGACACCUGGGGGCCUCUGAUUCUGAGUUGGCCCUCCUGGGAGGAUCAGGGCAGGAUGGGGAGAGGCCCAAACUAAUCUUUGCCAAGCACAGAAAGGCCCAGCAGCUGAGAUAAAUGGGCAGGGGAGCCCAGAAGGGAGGGAGCUCUGCAGGGGGCAAGUGAGGGAGGUCAGACAGCCUGAUCCUUCCAGGCUCCCCCGGCCCCUGCAUUCAGUAUCAUGCCACGGGGCUGGUGCACCAGUGAUACAGGAGGGGUUGCCUCCUGCCACCCUUGGGCCAGGAGGUUUGGCGUAGCUCCCCUGGCACACCGAGCAGGCCCAGCUCUCAGGCGGGACCCCUCAGUCCUCCUUACUGCUGUGUAGGCUGACCAGCCAUUCCAGUUUGCCCAGGACUUUCCUGGUUUUAUUAGGUCAUUAAAUAUGAAAUGUCUGACUUCAAAUCAAAAGUUUAGUUUAUUAUAUCUGAGGCAAAAAAUAGUACAAUUAAUCAAGUAUGAGCCUAAACU